ACCGAAGACAGAUACCGUACGAAAGGGUUCUCGACCUCUCUGCUUCCCUCCUACUCACCUCACGGCGUGCAUGCGUAAUUCGUUGUCGGCCUGCUUAUUUCCUCAUGCCCUUGGAUCUCGCCGGCGAUAUAGACCAAUAUAUUUGAAGCACUGAUACCUCAAUUUUGCAUCGAGCACAGCAGCUCGGUUGGGAAAGAUUAUGAAUUAAGCGUGGCUACAGGAAACUUCUCAUGAUACAGGCGCAUUUUUCCCACUGACAACCCUGAUUCAUUUAUUUGUGACAAAUGACGGCACGACAUGGCUCGACAAUAACCGAACACUUGCUCUCACCCCCGACUCGACGUUUCCACCGCGAGCACGAGCACAAGCUCCUGCUUUUACUUUGGCCUGGGAUGGCAGGAAUGGUUAUGUUCAGCAUGAGUCUCUGGUUCACGGUUCUCUUCCUUUUGGCACCAUCCUUCGCCCUCAAUAUCACAGUUCCCAGCAUCGUGCACAAUGGCGAACCGACCAACCUGUACCUCGUUCAUUCCCCCCACGAUCCUUCCGAGUUCUUUUUGAAGAAAUUUUACGAACAAAAUGGCCAGUCGCUUUUGUCGAGUGAAGCGGUUUGGGUGAACAACUUUACGAGAAAUGUGAAUGCCUCGCUACGGUUUAACGAAAAUGGCUUGUUCACUAUACAUGCCUAUGCAAGAUCAGAUCCUUCCAUCGAUGAUGUCCCCCUUGCGCAGAGUCAGCCAUUCGAAGUGCAGCGGGUGGAUACGAUUGCACGAAUAACUACGACUAGUUCCUCCUCAACUUCUGAAGCUACCCAGUACACCGCCACCGCCAUAGCGACUUCUUCGGGCGGAUGUAGUAUCCCCGUCGGUGCCAUUAUCGGAGUCGCCAUAGUAUCUGUUAUAUUCCUCACAACGAGCGCCCUGCUGCUAUACCUGUUCAUUCGAGACAGGAAGAAGCGCGCGCAAAACAACUCGGACACAGAAUCCACUCCGCCACCCUCGGAGAAAAAGGGCGACCAUGACGUAAAGCCAGAACGCGUCGCGCGGCCUACCUUGGCGCCGCAUCCUCGGUCCGUCCGGAAUUCGUUGAUCUCGUUAGAGGCCAGACAGGCCGCUGCUUUACGGGAUUUGAGGGAGCAAAUCGGGUCCCUUCGGCGCAGCCUUGCAGGCGCUUUCAAGUCUGAAUCCCGGACGGAGUUUGGGGAGAGGCUAGGUCAUGAGAAGAGCGACUCGCUGGGAAGCCAGUUCCGGUUGUGGGUAGAUCGUGGUAACCAGGAAACGCCGCCACCAGAAUACUUGUCCCACCGGUCUUCUGUUGGUAUAAGUGCGGGAUGACGGCAGUGUAAUUUAUUGAUAUCUUUGUUUAUGUUUCUGCAUUCGCUGGAUGGCGCGUGCGUGGUCUUGGAUCAGUACGAGAUUGUAUACCAGCUGAACCGUGUACAGGAGACGCGUUUUUUACUAUACCAAUUCAAUAUUUUGACGUGAUGAGGGGAU